AUGGACUUGGGGUAUCGGAACAUUCUGGCACCGGGGCCAAACUACUCUCCGGACUUUCGGUCCACCCUACCCCGGCCUUUGCAGAGAAGGUCGGAAUCUUGCGAGAUGGAGAAGACCCCGCCUGUCACGGGCAAGCGCCGAGGUGGCAGUCGGAAAGCCUGUAAUGAAUGUAAGCAGCAGAAGUUACGAUGUGAUAUUGUUCAAACACCAGCGGCGUCUUGCUCGCGCUGUCGCAGGCUGGGUAUAGAUUGUAAAAUUGAACAAUCUUUCAAGCGUAUUUCGAAGAGAAGGCACAAUGCUGAAAUGGAAAAGGAGAUUGCCGAUCUCCGACGACGUCUUGGAAAUGGUUCUGACCAUGAACCUACAGGGGAAGAGCCCCAUGAAUCCCAUGGAGGAGACGACCUGUCACGGUGCUCCGAGGAUGUCUUUGCUCGCCGGGAAUCUGCAGCAGUUGACCACUCACGACCCGUCUCAGUGCCAAUUGAAACCCACCCAUCCGUAGCAACUCCGUUGACUAUGAAGAGAGACGGCUCCAUCAUAUCCCAGGACGAAGGCCAUUGGAGACUGGAGGAUAUAUCUAUAUCCAAAGCUCGAAUUGCCCGACUCUACGACCAGUAUUUCACAUAUUAUCACCCAUUUCUCCCUCUAUUAAACCCGCCAAAGCCACCGGAAGUGUAUUUGCAUCGAUGUCCUCUUCUGGCUUGGACGAUCAUCUGUGUUGCAAGUAGGAGGUCUCCAUAUGAGCCUGGUCUCCUCAGUGCACUGUCAGGGCCAUUCAGCAGGCUGCUCUGGUCAACCAUCACCAGUGUGCCGCAGGAUUAUCGGGUCGUCAAAGCACUUUGCGUUCUAUGUACUUGGCCUCUUCCAACAACGAGUCAACGCACCGAUGCAACCUUCAUGCUCAGUGGCUUGAUGAUGCAAAUUGCUAUGCAACUUGGUCUGCACCGCCCCGUACAGGCUGAGGAGUUUACAACAUUCCGCAUGGAAGUCCAAGGCGAGGCUUUGAAAGAUAGAUUACAUACAUGGAUCAUUUGCAACAUCGUGGCACAAAAUGUUGCAACUGGUUAUGGACAACCUCCAAGCACAAUAUACGACUGGGCUCUUGAGCCUGCAUCUUUGCGGGAUGCCGACUAUCGUCUUCCCCAUGACCUGGCUAUCCGCCUGCGGAUUGAGAAAUUCUGUGACAGAGUGACCAAAGCUCUGUAUAGCAGCAAGCCAGAACCCGCGGAAUUCGUAAGCGCCGACAAGCUUGUGGUUGUACAGAUCCUAGAGAGUGAACUCAGAGAACUGGAAGUUGAAUUCGGCCGGGACAUCUCAGCAAUUAACCUCAUUCAUCUUCGUGCCGCCGAACUGCAUUUUAGAUAUUUUAUGUUCUUGGGAUCCAAUGCCCGGAUCGACGACCUAACCAAGCUGUACCUUGCAACAACUUCUUUCCUCAAUCGUGUUCUGGAUCUCGAAACAUCACCGGGUGAUUUGAUAGGUCACUCCACCAAUUACAUUCUUCAGAUGAUUGUAUCGGCUGCAUUUGCGCUCAUGAAAUUACUGAAGAGUAGCUUCAGCCGCCACAUCGACUUCAACCAUGGCAAGCUGUUGUUCAAUGGUGCCAUUUCAGCUAUUCGUCGGAUUAGUGUCAUGGACCAUGAUCGUCCUAUUCGUCUUGCCGAUAUUCUCGCCCAGAUGUGGAAUGCGACUAGUUUAGAGCCUGCUGAAGAGGAUGCUUUACAGCUUAAAGUUCGCUGCCGUAUGAGUAUGAGCCAUGUCUAUGAUACGGUUUGGCGUUGGCGACAGAGGUUCCGGCCUGUUAAAAGUCUUGAGGAGAUGCAAGCGGCUGCCAUGGCAGCAAACCAAGAUAUUUCUACUACCACCGGAUCCAUGACUCGACAGCAAGACAGCUCUCUUAUGGAUUCCUCUUUGAUAAUGCCUGCUCAGUUUGAUGAAGGCGGCGCGUUCUUCAGCGAAGCCGGAUUCUCAGAGGUAUUCGAUUCCCUCAAUUGGGUUUUUGAUGGCAUCCCCGACUCUUUUGUCGCACCGCCAGUGCUAUAG